AUGGGCUCAAUAUAGCCCUAUAUCGAAUCUUCUUAACUUAAGCAUACUGAGAAAAUUAAAGCAUACCAAAAGGCAAGAUAAGAGUCUAGGAAUAUCAACUAAUCUUAAAAUUGUACGAUUAUAAAUUUCUUAACUUUGAAAAAUUAGUUUAAGAAUCAUUAUCAUUACUAGCAAGCCAUAGAUCGUCAUUUGGUGUUCCAGACCAGAUCAAGAACAACGAGUGAUUAAAAAUUACCUGAAUUACAAAAAAAGAAAAAAAGAGGAUUGAGUCUAUCAAAAAGUAUAGCAAAUUUAAACAAGAAUCAAAAUUAAAGUUUCUAGCCUUACUAAGAUGAGAUUAAGGUUUAGGAAAAAGAUAAUAUUGUGAGGAUCGAUAUAUUCAAGAAAUUAGCCUAAGGCUUGAAAGAAAAAAUCAAUGGUCAUUAAGAUGAAUUUGAUGAAUUAUAAAAUACCUUAAGAGACUCAUAAAAAAGAGAAUUAUACAAUAAUGAGAAUUAAAUUCAUAAAAACAAAAACAUAUCAGUUUUAACUCAUAGAUAAAAUCUAGAACUUAUUUCAUAGCUUAGCUAGGCAGAUAAGUUUCUCUCUAAAUUAUCCUAAAAAUAUUAGACUAAAGAAAAAGAUUGCAAAACUUUGAUCCAAUAAUCUAAAGAUGAAAUUUCUGAAGUACAUCAAGGAUUAAAAAAGAUAGUGGCUGCAUCAAAUUUUCACACUUAAAUUUACUCAAACAGGUAUUAGACAGUAGAUAUCCCAUCUGAAUCUCCUGUUUUUAUUCUGAUGAUACCUGCUGAAUAAAGAUCACCAGCUGUUUUCAAAAUUGAUCCUAUAGUUGACUAAAAGCAAAGAAAGCUAAUGGACUAUAAGAUCUUUUUUAGUACAAAGAUUAAAUACCCUAAUGAAGAUAAUUGCGACAAAAUAUAUCAUAAUGAAUAAAAAAUUAUAUAUAAGCGUGGCUAAUUAGGUGAAGAGUUUCCGCAUACUUUCAAAAUAUAUUUGGGUAUAUGGUCUAAGAUCUAAAUGUAAUUGGCUAUUACAGUUUCUUUUCCUUUUAACCCCGAAACGAAUAGCAAAGGUAUCAAAGUCUCAUCACCAUUGAAAGUAAAAAGAACUAUUAUUGACGAAGAAGGAAAUGAAAUGGAAAUUGAAGUAAUCCGAGAUAUAGAUUAUGAGAAUAGACUGAAGAAAUCUAACUAUAUUGCAAUUGCUCAAGAAAAAAAGGUUUAGAAAGAAAAAGAACAUCGCUAAAAAAGCUUUUUCCUAUUAAAUAAAAGAGAGAUUUUAAAUGCUUAGAUUUAGAUGUGCUAAGAUUAUCGGAAAAAGUUAUAAAAACCAUCUAAAAAAGAGAGGAAUAAAUUUUCAAAUGAGAAUUCACUAGAUGUCUAAAAUGUAAAUAUCAUAUUUUCCUACUUCUGGGUAGCUUUUAACAAUAAUUUUAGGAUUCUGACUUUCUUACUUAAUACUGAUCAUGUUUAAAGAUAAAAUAAAGCUAAUAAUAUUCUAAAAUACGUACUUGAGAGAACUUCAGCGAUGGAUUAAUUCAAGCAGAAAAUGCAAAGGUUCCACAAAAGAGGAUACUGGGAAUAAGAGGUGCUAUUACUCACAGGCUCACUCCUUUCAUAAAGAAAGUUAUCUAAAAAGUUAAAACCUCUAAUAAAAAAGCUAAACUUGAUUUCUGAAAAUUUAAUUGAUAAAACUGUCAAACAGUACUUUUAAUACUGCAAAUUUAAAUUCAUAAUAAAAUUUCUUGAUUGGAGAAUCAAGAAGCUGCGAUUCUAAAAUAAGCCUAUAAAUGAGGAGUGGUUUGAGGAAAUUUAAAAUUUGAGGAUAAUGGUAGGAUAAAGAGAAAAAAUUUUGUUUGAAGAUAUUGGCUAAAUUGCUGAAUUAGCCCUCUAGAAAAUACUUUAAAGAUCAGGAGUACAAAGUCCUAAAUAAGGAUCCCCUAACUCUCCUAGAAGAAAGAAGAGUCCAAGUCCCAUUAAUGAUAAUUCUAAAUAAAUGUAGCAACUUGGUAGUCUUUAGAUUAAUAAAUAAUUUCCACCUUAUGAUAACAAAUUAAAUCCGAAUGCUCAUGGUUUGAUCAGAUUAAGGACACUAAAUAAUGAUUAAAUUAUAAUGGAUGAAUAUUUGUAGCAAGAUAUAGUAGAUCCUGGCCCCCCACCAAUUUUUAUGUUUAUGCCUAGCAAAGAUCAAAUUAGAAAAAUGAUUCUGAAAACUACAAGAUAUGAUAAUAAAGACAUAUAACUGAUGAAACUUGAUUAAAAAAGAAUAUAUGGACUAAAAGGCAAGGGUAAAGGUAUGGGAGGUAAAAAUUCUGGGAAAUUUACAAAAAGAGGUCCAAUAUCAAAAUCUUUGAAGGCAGGUCUAUAGUUUCCUGUUGGAAGAUUGCACAGACAGCUAAAACUUAGAACAUAAUUGAAUGCAAGAGUAGGAGCUACUGCAGCAGUUUAUUCAGCUGCAAUUUUGGAGUAUCUGACUGCAGAAGUUUUGGAACUUGCUGGAAAUGCUUCAAAUGAUCUAAAAGCAAAAAGAAUUACACCAAGGCAUUUGACUUUAGCAAUAAGAGGAGAUGAGGAACUUGAUACUUUAAUCAAGGCUACUAUUGCAGGUGGGGGAGUUAUCCCUCAUAUUCAUAAAAGACUUCUGACAAAUAUUAAAAAAUCAAAUAAAAAGUGA